UUUUCCACGCAUUUCCAGCCACGGAGUUUUACGCAAGUCCAGAGAGGGUGUCUCCCAUGAGAGAGUCUCCAGUUGUCUGCAUGCAGGGAAUGACGACUCCUUUCAAGACGACUAAAGCUUUAAAGGUCAAGAAGGAGGCGGGCGAGAAUGCCCCGGCCCUCAGCGACGACGAGCUGGUGGCCAUGUCCGUGCGGGAGCUCAACCAGCACCUGCGCGGGCUGACCAAGGACGACGUGGUGCGGCUGAAGCAGCGGCGGCGGACGCUCAAGAACCGAGGCUACGCCGCCAGCUGCCGCAUCAAGCGCGUCACCCAGAAGGAGGAGCUGGAGCGGCAGAAGACGGAGCUGCAGCGCGAGGUGGACAAGCUGGCCCGGGAGAACGCCAGCAUGAGGCUGGAGCUGGACGCCCUGAGGGCCAAGUACGAGGCGCUGCAAUGCUUCGCCAGGACUGUGACCCGCGGGCCCCUGUCGCCGGGCAAGGUGGCCACCACCAGCGUCAUCACCAUCGUCAAGUCCACCAAGCACAACAACUCUGGCCACGCCCCGUUCUCGGCGCCGUCCUAGUCUCGACUGGACUGGGCUGUCCUCUUCCCGCCUGCACUGAGGGGAAGCUCAGUCGUCAGACUGGAGGACACCUUCUUUUUCUAACACGAGGCCUUCAAAGUGGGUCCACAUCAGAAUGUUGGGACAUCCAUCCAGUACCGGGGCGGCUUUGGCCCCUUCUCUCGCAGUUUACACGACGGCGCAACAUUCCCGACCUUUUUUUCCCGGUCGUGUAAGAGGGGCCGCCGCCUUAAAGCCGUCCUAGCAGAUCUCUUCUUGUCCGAAGAACACAUCAGCACAGCUUGGAUACUAAAAGAGUCCACCGUCUUCUUUUAAAACGAUCAUUUUCCAAGCGAAACCCGUCCUUUUUUUGAGCCUUUGAACCGUCUUGCCUUAACGCGUUCCUGUUGACUCCGUCCUGUCAAACAGAGGUUUUUUUUGCUGGAGUUUACAAAUCACUUCCCUUGAGCACUUGAGAGGAAACUGUCAAGUACGGUUUUUUCAAACAAUUGUAAGCAAACAGAAUUCGAGGUCCUUUACCAGAGCACUUACUGUGUGAAUGCCGAGAGAAAAGCUUUUCUCGCAGAUACCACUGAAGAAAUACAACUUUGUUCUCUGUGAUAUUGCAACUUCUUGUCCCAUACUUGCCAACCCUCCCGUUUUUACCGGGAGACUCCCGGUAUUCAGCGCCUCUCCCGAUAACCUCCCGGCAGAAAUGUUCUCCCGACAAACUCCCGGUAUUCAGCCGGAGCUGGAGGCCACGCCCCCUACGGCUCAAUGCGGACCUGAGUGGAGACAGCCUGUUCUCACGUCCGCUUACCCACAAUAUAAACAGCGUGCCUGCCCAAUCACGUCAUAACUGUAGAAUGAUCGAGGGCGAGUUCUUGGUUUCUUAUGUGGGUUUAUUGUUAGGCAGUUUCAUUAACGUCCUCCCAGCGCGGUAACAACACACAACAACAGCAGUCACGUUUAGUCUACCGUAAAGCAGUUCGUCUGCCGUAAACAGCAAUGUUGUGACACUCUUAAACAGGACAAUACUGCCAUCUACUGGAUAGCCUCCAGAACACUGAAAUUAAAGUAUUUCUUUUAU